GUCUCGAUGAGGCAUCCACAUCGUUAUCAGCCCGGAGGAUCUCCGACCGUACGAAGGACCGAACCCGGUGAGCGCGUCAGGCUCUCGAGCAGUCGGUAUCGGCUCUGAAAUGAAUGAAGAGUCGCUUCUCCGGACACAGACACCGGGUACAGACUUCGAGGACCAUCCCAGGACGCAUGUUACGGCUGUGUGUCAGUGCGAAGGACAGCGCGUAAUUACCUCCCCCUUGGUCAGGACGGACCUGACAGCAAGCUGUGCGGCUUGUGUGUCGUUUGCUGCCGAUUGAUGGUGCAGAGGCGCGUCCGGUGCUGUUGGGAAAUGCGAAGCAAUGGUUUGGUGACGACGGAGGACUGAUGAAUACUGCAUCUGAUAGAUGAUACGUGUCCGUGACUUCGGAGUGGGAGUGUGCGCCAUAUUCCCGCAGCACCUGUGCCUCCAGCAAAUGAAUGAAGACCCUGCGCUGAUACCUUUCAUUGAUCGUCACAGUAUAUAUUUAUCUCUUUUUGCCUCAUUGUUUUCAUUCCCUGCCAAGAGCCACAUAUGCAGCCAACCUCAACAAGCAUGUGCGAUUUCUCCUUUGUGUCUACCUCAUUUCUCAUUGAAUUUGGUGCCAUUGCAAAAACUGAUUUCAUGGGAAGCUUUACCACAUAAAGGAUGAAAAAGACUUUUAGUUUGCUUUAAAGAAACAUUUUUACUCAGCUUUAACCUCAUGUGUUUUUGUUUACAUGUGAUCAAAUCUAUCACAAGACUCCAGGUGUUUUAGUGUAAAGAGAACAUUCCCCCCCCUCCUCGAAAACCAUUAGCUUGUGGAAUGCUUGAUCUCAAGAUGAAGGAGACGUGUCGCAUCUGUGGACGGGAGCUCUGUGGUAACCAGCGGCGAUGGAUCUUCCACCCCACCGCCAAACUCAACCUGCAGGUUCUGCUGUCUCACGCCCUCGGACAAGAGCUUGCCCGGGAUGGAAGAGGAGAGUUUGCCUGCUCCAAAUGCACCUUCAUGUUGGACCGCAUGUAUCGUUUUGACACAGUGAUCGCCCGGGUUGAGGCCCUGUCCAUCGAGAGGCUGCAGCGUCUCCUGCAGGAGAAACAUCGGCUGAGGCACUGCAUUGGAGGUCUCUACCGUAAAACUAAUUCAGAGGAAGGUGUUGUUACAAUCAGUGGAGGUACUGAGGGACCAGGAGACGGGAUGGUGGAUAUUUCAGGUCUCACUCAUGCAAAGUACUGCGCCCUGCUUCAGGAUGACCUGGUCUACUCUUUGUAUGAGUCCUGGGCUGAGGAAGGCCUGGACUGUCACCACCACCAUCCUCAGUGCUCUGCAGGUCCAGGUCCAGGGUCAGAGGCCACAGCUGCAGGCUCACAUCGAUGCAUUUCCAGCACCCCCAGAAAGUGUAGGGGAUGUUCGCACUGGCGAGUGGCAGACUCGGAUUAUGAAGCUGUCUGUAAGGUCCCAAGAAAGGUGGCACGCAGUAUUUCCUGCGGGCCGUCAACCAGAUACUCGGCCAGUGUUGUGGGAGGGAGUGUGGCAGGAGGCACAGGGGAAAGCAAACAUGUAGAAGAUUCAGAAGAAGCCCCUUCCUCUCUGACUCUGGUCCCUGGUUCUCAGGACACCUCCAGGACUUUGGACAGUGAUCGCACCCUGGCUGGACGAGCCAGCUCCAGCCCCUCCAUAGCAUCCUUAGAGACAACUGAGGAGUAUAUCCACCCUGGAGCAUUAACAGAUGGACUCCUCACCUCCCCAAGAGACCCGAUGGAUGAUCAGUUAUACGACUCUCUCUCUGAGGAGCACAUGGGAGCCUCACAUGGACCAGUCUCACCUGGACCCAGCCUCUCUCUGGCGCUGUGUUUGCUGCAGAGCUACACUGUCUACAGGCCGGUUCCGAGCUCAAAGGGUAGCAAGCUGCCGGUCCUCCUCAGACGGAGCGCCAGCAAUGGAGGCAUGAGGCUGGAACUCCCUGAUCCUGUUCUCAGACUCUCUUACAGUACUCCAGACGGAGAACGAGACAACCACAUAAGAACACCUGAGCUGGAGACUCCUCUGAUCCAGUUCAAUGAUCAGGAUCUGAACUUUGCUGACAUAAAAGCAUUAAUGGAAGAUCUGUAUAAAGAGUAUCCUCGCCCACGUCCUCACCAGAGCCUUGUUGAGGAGCAGCAAAGCCAGCUGAACCAGUAUGAGUGUGCGGCCGGUCAGUGUGUCAGCGAGCUGCAGAAGGCCCAGCUCCAGGUCCAGUCCCUGCAGGCCAAGAUUCACGAGAGUGAGGCCAAUAAUAUGAAACUUCAAGAGAAGCUGAACGAGAUGGAGUGUGAGCUGCGUUCAAUCCGUCAGGCGGCUCAAAGUCAAGAAAGAACCAUUCAGGGUCUCAGUGAGUCCAUCGGCACCAAAGACAAUGAGGCCCAGGAGCUGUAUCAGAUGAUUGAAGGGCAGAACAGUACGCUGUGUAAGCUGAGAGAGAUGGUCCAUCGCAACCAGCUCUCUCAAUGCAAGGCUCCAGAGGGGGCCAGUGAGUCCUUGACGCUCGCUCAGCUGCAGGGCGAGCUAGUGGGAGUGCAGAGCUCUCUGUUCUCCCUCGGCUUGGAACUGGAGGCCAGCCAGAGGAGCCUUAGACAGAGCCAGAGACAAGGAGAGGACCUGGGAAGGUUCAAGGACCGACUCAAUUCUGACCUGCAGGAUGCUCUGCAGCACAGGGAGGUCACUGAGAAACACAACCAGGACCUGCGCAGCGCCCUACAGAAAACUCGCUCUGAGCUGCAGGCUAAAGAAGCAGCUCUGAAGGAGAGCGAGGCGGAGAGACACGCUGUGGUCCAGGAAAAAGAGAGGAGCAUCACUCAGCUCAAACACUCUCUGCAGGACAAGGAGCAACAGUUACAGGAGUACUCAGAGAUGCUGGACUCAGAAGGAAGCUCCAAACCAAGAGAUGCUCUACUGGAGAAACUAAAAGAGCGAAUCAAAGAUCGAGACAGAGCUCUGGAGCGCUCCAUCGAUGACAAGUUUCGCUGUGUGGAGGAGCGCGAGGAGCAAGUAAGGAGGCUGCAGCUGGCCCUCAGGGAGAAAGAGCGAGACCUGGAGAGACUACGCUGCAUCUUGUCCAACAAUGAGGAGACCAUAACGAGUCUGGAUGGCCUGGUGCGCAGUAAAGAGCUGGAGCUUGAGCAGGCAGCUGAGGCCUACAGGAACCUGCAGUGGCUGAAGCAGCAGAGUGAAGAGAAGGAGAGGAACACUCUGAGAGAGAAAGUCACCAUCAUCAGUCAGCUACAGGCGACCCUGCAGGCACGCAGCCAGGAGACACAGGAUCUGACGGCGGCACUUGCUGCCAGAGUUCAGGCUGGUCCCUCUGAGAUUAUAGAGGAGUUGAAGGCUCGGUUGGCACUGAAGGAGAAACUCUUUGAAGAGCUGUUGUCAGAUCGCAGCCGUCAGUCCAAUGAACACCAGGCACAGGUUCAGGACAUGCUAAAUACUCUGGCCUCCAAAGACCAGUACCUGCAGGAUUACUCCUACAGGCUUUCUGUCGUGAUCAGCGAGCAGACGAGUCAGCUGCAGGAGCUGCGCAGACAGCUGUCGUUAAGAGAGCAGGAGCUGUGCACGCUGAAACGAGACAAGGAGAGGGAGAUGGUAGGAGGAGAGACAGAGCAUCUGAGGAGUCUGCUCAAAGAGAAAGAAGCCUUUAUCAAGGAGCUGAUGCAGGGUCAGGAGGAGGCGAUGCAGCCAUCCUUUAAAGAGAGUGAGGAAGAGAUGAAGGCCCUUCAGGAGGAGCUGCAGCUGGUGCUGAAGAAGGAGAGGGAUGCUCAGAGGGAGCUCUCUGCUCUGCGUCUGUCUUUGUCUCACCAGGAAGCUACAAAAGCAGACAGCUCUGAUCAUCAAUGUGUGCUGGAGCAGCUUGUUUCAGAGUACAAUAAGCUGAACGAUGCCCUAAGGGUGGAGAAGAGAUUAUACCAGAAUCUAGCACACGUUCAGACAAAGAGUGACAGCUCAGAGAAGAUCCAGGCCCUGCACACUGAGCUGGACUCAGUUCAGGCACUCCGCAGACAGCUGGAGGAGGUGCUGGGCAGGACUCGAAACACGGCUUUGCUGAUGGAGCGGGCAGCCAAAAGGCAGCCCGACUUUGGAGAGCUCAGCACAGAGGAGGAAGAGGAGGAGGAGGGGGAGGGAGACAAUGAAGACGGCAGCAGUGACGAGUUCACAGACAGCAUCGAGGAGGAUGAUAAAGUGACGGCCAGAAGUUUACAGUCGCAUGGGCCUGUGUGUGUGACCAGAGCAGCAGCAAGAGAGGAAGUGUUCCAGAGAGCUGAUGUACAGCAACUUGAGGAAGAAAAGAGGACACUAGAAAGCCAGCUCGAAGAAAUGAAGAUCCAGCUAGAGAGGGAUGGAUACAGCUCUGUGGCUCAGAUGAGGAAUGCCCUGCAGAGGUUGCAGCAGGAGAAUCAGGCUCUGAAGAAAAACAGAGGGAGAGCCACAUUUGAGAAGAGUUAUCAGAGUCAGAACCAUGACGAGGAAGAAGAGGAGGAGGAGGAUGGUUUUGAGGAGGAUGAGUAUGAAGAGGAGGAAACAUCUCCAAUGCCGUUGGGGAAGCGAGGUCCUCCGUGUGUCAGUUUGAGUGACGAGCGAGGGAAGAGGCAGUGCACGUCGCAUCAUCACAUCCAGCAGUCACAGACGGACGGGGAGCCGCCUGGUAACAGCAGUGAGGUGGGAGCAAUCUGGCAGGAUAUAGAGCAGGGUGUCCAUGAGCAGGCAGCUCGUCUCCAGUCUGAUCUGGCUCUGAGCCACCAGGAGAACCAAGAGCUGCAGGAGAGACUGAUGGUGUCUGAGGCCACAGUGCACGCUCAGGCCGAACAGCUGAAGGACUACAGAGACCUGCUUACUGAGACAUCUGUCCAGCAGGCAAGCAAGCAGGUGCAGGUGGAUCUCCAGGAUCUGGGUUAUGAGACGUGUGGUCGCAGUGAGAAUGAGGCAGAGAGAGAAGAUGCUAGCAGCCCAGAAUUUGAUGACCUGGAGAUGUGCACGUCGCUCUCUCAUCAGCAGGACUAUGAUGGAGGGGGCGGGAGCUGGUACACUGGGAGCUGCAGCAGUAAAAGAGGUGCUUCUUAUGAGAUGGGGGAUGAGUCAGCAUCUCUGCAGAAUCUGGUCCAGGAUCUGCGCUCACAGCUGACCCGCUGCCACAAGGUGAUCCGUGGGCUGCAGCUCCGAGUCCGCUCCCUGUCCACCACCAGCGACUACGCCUCCAGUUUGGAACGAACACCGCGGAAGGUAAACUGGGCUUUUGAGACAUCACCAGCCCCCAGUGGAGUGGAGGAGGAUGAAGGUUGGAUGUCCGACUCCCAAGGGAUCCGCUCCGGCUCCAAGCCCAGCAGGGAACUCCAAGAACUGAUGGCGAGGGUUGCGUCGCUGGAGGCACAGCUGAAGAGUUCCAGACUAGAGGGCAAAGAUCAAGCAGAGGAGGGGAAGUGCGCAACCUGGCCAGGGAAGUACAACUCUCUGAUCCAGACACAGGCUCGUGAGCUGUCCCACCUGAGGCAGAGGAUGAGAGAGGGGCAGGGAGUCUGUCACAUCCUCACCCAACACCUGGGUGACACCACCAAGGCCUUUGAGGAGCUGCUGCGGGCCAACGACAUCGAUUACUACAUGGGUCAGAGCUUCAGAGAGCAGCUGGCACAGAACUCCGCCCUCGCACAAAGAGUGGUCGCCAAGAUCAGUGGACGUGAACGAGCAGAGAGUCAUGACGACAAAACAGGCCAUGAAUUGCUUGCACUAAGGCUGAGUAAGGAGCUCCAGCACAAAGAUAAAAUCAUUGAGUCACUCCACACCAAGCUGCAGCAGCGUCCAGAGACUCCGUCCAGCUGCCAGGCUCUCUCUGAGACAACCGACCAAUCAGACAGAACCUCACUGGUCUCUGAUGAGUACAGAGCCAAUGACGACUUGGAGCUGUGCUCUGAUUUGGACGCCAGAGAGUUUCAGGAGGAGCAGCGUCUGCGGCAGCAAGGACAUGCAUCAGAGCAAGAGGUCCGUCCAUCUCCCCUUCCUCCUUAUGGUCCCCUCAAGUCCUCCAGCAGCUGUCCCAACAUGCGCUGCUCAGCCCCUGUGGGUUUGACCAGCCAGUCUUCCAGAGCCCUUCUCAGACCACCCGUCACCUUCUCCCUCUCUGUUCCGUGUGGCACUGACGUCUGGGGUAAAGAAAUCACUUCUGACCCCCAGCCCAGGGCCCUGUCUGUGAUCGCUGUUCGUCCUGAGCUGGACACGCUCUACAAACGGAUGAAUGAGCAGAACAGGGGUUUUACAGUUCCUCAUGACCAGACUUUGUACCCUCUCUUGCCUGGAGCCCACAACCAGCAUGACCUCUCCAGCAGCUACAGCCAGCUUUCCCAUCAUGCCUUUCAACAGUAUCCGCUGAGUGGAAUUCCUGAAAAUCACUCGCUGAAGUCUGAUUCAGGUCUGAUGACAGGAGGGACUCUGUGGGACAUGGAGAACGUGGUUCAGCAGGUCGGAAGCUUUUCUGGAUCACCCGGACAUCAGCAGGGAGGCAGCCAUGGAGGAGUGAAUUUAAUAGAGGAGCACCUGCGAGAGGUGAGGUGUCUCCGUCAGCGUCUGGAGGAGUCCAUCAGAACCAAUGAGAGGCUUCGACUGCAGCUUGAAGAGAGACUGGCUACUACUGGGCGUGAAGGAGGGGCACCAACGAACAUCUACAUUCAGGGCCUGGACUCAGUCACCCAGCUGUCCAAUGAGAUCAGAGUCCUGAAGGAGGAAAACUUGAGUCUACAGUCACGUCUGCAGGCCAGCACAGACUCCUGUGAGGAGGUGGUGCAGCUUCGGGAGGCGGUAUUCACAGCACGUGCCCGCCUGAAACAGGCAGAGCUGGAGGCAGAGCAGUGGAAGGAGGAGCUUAGACGACUUCAGGCUCACAGUCAGGAGCAGGGUCAGCAGAUCCACUUGCUGCGGCAGGAGCGACAGAACAGUCAGGAGAAAACCAACAGGCUCCAACAUGAGGUAUCCCUGCUGCAGCAGCAGCUCUGUGAGAGCAGAGAGCUGAUUCACUCCCUGCAGAGUGAACUACAGGUUUAUGACCGGGUGUGCUCCAGCACUAAGGCCAACAAAGGUUACCUGUGUGAGCUGCCCAGUCUGCCAGUGGAGUUGGGGGAGCUGCUCGGUGAGGUAAGGAGUCUGCGAGCGCAGCUGCAAACCAGCGUCCAGGAGAACAGCGCCCUCAAACAGCUGGAACUUCACAAGCAGCUGGAGCAGAAGCUGGGCGCCGUCUCUCCUCGGACUCCCUCCCUCUCCGCCCUGACUGCCAGUCCUCAGAGAGAAAACUUCUACAGGCGGCAGCUGCUGCACGACCCGGCUCCGUCUCCACCCGUCAGGGACAUUGGUCUGUUUAACUGUGGAUCUCCUGGUCCUCCCUACUCAGAUCUGGACGACAGCCAUAGCACUGCCAAUGCAGACCCUCUUGAUCCUCACUCUGAGCUGGAGGGGGAUGCACCUGACGGAUCAUACGCCAACCGCAAUGGACGUCACGCAAUCGGCCAUGUGGAUGACUUCGGCGCUCUUCAACAGCAGAUCCUGGAGGGUUGCAGCCUCGUGCAGCGCAUGGAGAGCACCUUGCAGGCCUGCCUCGGCCCACCACUGCUGGAGGGGGAACAGAAACAGAGCAGUGAGCUGAUCCUGGACUUCAGCUGUGUGAAGAGUCUGCUGUCCAACACAAAGACUUUGAGGCAGAUCCUGGAGGAGGCUUCAUCUCUGCUGAAGAUGUUCUGGAGAGCAGCUCUGCCUAGCACUGAUCCUUCCAUCCACAACUUGAAGAAGGAGCAAUGUAUGCAGGAGGAGAUCUUGUCCCUGAAGCUGCGUGUAUCAGAGCAGGAGGAGGUUCUGAGGGGAACGAUUCAAAGACUGAGGAGCACCAGCCGAAGCAAGGAGAGCAUGGAGCACUUCAUCGUCAACCAGUUGUCGAGGACUCGUGAUGUGCUGAAGAAAGCAAGAACAAACCUAGAGAAGAAUGAGCUGAGACUCUCCUCUCUAAGCUCCUCCUCCUCCUCUCCUUACACUGCGGAGGACUCUGGAGGAGCUGCCAGUGAGAAGCCUGCUGAUUUCAGUUUCCUGAAGACCAGCAGUGCCUCUGGAGCUCCACCCAAUUACCGUCCGGCAGCAAGGAAGCGCAGCAGCCAAUGCCUGCUUUAGACUUUUUUCAAAAGGAACCAGCCUCAACGCCGCCACCUCUGACCUCUUUAGUGAAACAGCCAAGACCCAUUAACCCCUCUCCCACACCAGCCUCUCCUCCUUACCCACCUCACCUUUGCCUUUACCGUCCAGCCAUAAGAGUGCUUUAACACCUUCCCUCGUCCAGGCAACAUGUGCACAGAAUGAUCUGCACCUAUAGCCUUACCAGACUCCUCUCAACCCCCCUUCACUUAUUACCUGCCACUCUCUGCCCCCCUCCCGCUACUUCUAGUGUUGUCUUUGAGUGACACAGCCAGCAGUUUGCCAGGUCAUGUGUGUGACAGAUGAAGGUCUUUGAAACGUGUCUCUGGUGGUUUGAAGCAACGUGUGUCCUACUGAUGGAGCUGGUUGAAGAUGCUACUGAUCUCAGACCAGAUGUGUGGUUUUUGUCAAGUUUUAAGCAAGCUCUAAGUUCUAUUUAAGGGGUUUUAAUACAGAAACAUUAAGAUAAUUGUUCCUUGAAAUAUUUAAAUCCACUCUUAACUAGAGAGAACAUAAAGGAGUUGAAUUAAAAAGACUUAAAACACACAUGUAAGGUCUGUAGCUAAGAGCAUCUUCUUCUGAGAGCCAGACAGCCUGUGGACAGAAACGACGGUCAUGCAUGUUUAAUAGUGGCUUGUGAGAGGAAUUCUGCACACAUGAACACACACAUAUCUAAAGUAUAUAUCUAUACGUGGUCACUCAAAGACAACACAUCCUCAACUUUGACUGCCACAGAAAUGCAAGUUUACUUCUUGUGGCACUUGUAUUAACACUGACAUUUUUUUUUUUUUUGCAAGUGCAAUGCAAAAAAACAGUAACAUCCACAUAAGUAUCACUACACACACCAUGGAGGAAUGUAGAGUAGUUGUGUUCUAGCUAUAUUUGAAUUUAUGGAGGAAGCUUUUGAACGGAAAGCAGAAAAAAAAAGGCAGAAAAAUGUUCCAUUUCAGUGAACGCCUCCUUGUUCUAGGUCUUAAAGGGGCUGGUUUUUUUGGCUUCUUACUACUGAAUUUUGAAAUACUGAUUGAGUCUAAUGCAAAGAGGAGGUCAUUUCAAUGUGCAAGACUUUUAUCAAUGUGAUUUGUUGUGAUUAACAUAAAGAAUGUACCAUGCAUAUGUAAUAAGAGGUUAAAGUGCUGAAAUGGAACAGGCUAAACACGCGUAUUCAAGCUCCUCUCUAGGAGUUCUCACACGAGCAUGUGCAAUAAUGAUGUUGUUUCUUGAAUGAUCAUCCUGCACUGGAUUAUUAUUAUUAUUACUUUGCUUGUCACUGGAUUAUUAUUCACACUCAUACUAACGUGUAGGACACAAUCAGUGUUUUGAUUGUACUUCACUCUGCAGUGUUGAUGCAUGACAGAUAUUAUAAAUGAAAUCUAAGCUAUGGAACAGGUUAGCCAAUACUUGCCAAAGUUUGAACUUUGAACUCUUUACUAUCACUUUGACUUGCCUUAUACAUGCGAAUGACAAACCCUGGUCUGUUCCGACUGAGGGGGAUAUCGAGGCAUCUCUUUUCAGAGAGCCUUAUGAACCACAGAGAUGGUAACCGUUAGACGAACAGAUUCAUGCGACACAAAUGAGCUCCUUUUUUCGGACCAAAACUCAAUAGAGUGGAUUUUUCCCAAAAGGCUGUAUGCUGUUGUCUUGAUAUUAUUUCAAUUGGUACAGGCCGUCUUAGCAUUCCCAUGGAAAUGGCAAUUUAGGUUCUUAAGUUCUCAUAGUUGAUGCAAACUUUGGCAGGCUACUGGUGGGAUCAUUGUUCUUUUAUUAAGCUCCACAUUUAGUUUGAAAGGUUUCCUUGCUGUACAUACGCCAUUUGAUGCUGUAAAUAAUCUGCUUUUUCAGUAUGAACUUGAAAUGUGAGUGUGUGUGCGCAUGUGUGUGUGUGCAUUUGUGUGUGUGUGUGUAAAACCAUCCAACAUUUGCUUAUUGCAAAGUUGAUUUUCUGGGUAGCUGUGCAAUAGCUUUCUAUCUUUAUUUUGAUGUUAAACAUCACAGUGUUAUGAGUAUGUUUGCCACAUUCACUUCAUGCAGUGUGAUUUAAAUGCAGUGUAUGUUGGAGGAUUGUUUCACUUUGAAAUGAAUUAGUCACAUGGGCUGUCUGAUAAGAAAUCACAAACUAUGCCUUCAUUAUAUCUAAGCCACUGAUCACAUUAUCAUCCCCCUAUAACAAAGCUCUGAUAAAUGUUGCUUCGCUUGCCUUUGAAUUAGCUCGAGAGCCUCUUCUCUGGGCUCUCUUGGUAGAAAUGGCCUUGAGCUAGCGCUUGCCUACCUGAGAUCUGCCAAAUUAGGUUUUGUUUGCGCUCGGGUCUUCUGAAGAGACAGAAGUUGCCAAGUAUUUCAAAAGAUGUGAAAAGUUUGAUAUUGCCUUUAAAAUAAAAGUUGGUAAAGGGAAACGUUUUGAAGAAUUGUCUACUGUAAAAACAAAGCCAGCGACUGGAGAGAUUGUGGAACUUUGGAUAACAAAGCACCUUGAUGGAGCGUAAACAAAGCCUUUUUGCAUUUUGUUAUUAAGAAGGGAAUCAAACGGCAGUUUGAAACAAUGUACUGAUGAACCUGAGUUGCAUUUGUAUAUAGUGCUCUUUGAUUGGUGCAGCUUUGAUGUGUUUUGAAAGCAGUUUUUCUCCGAGUUUGUGCGUAAUGAACUAGAAAGCCGAUGCAGGACUUGUAUAAAUCCUGUCUCUGAGGACACCAAACAGUUUGCUGUAUUGGCAGAAGUAUUAUCAAUGAAAGAUUUGAGGAAAGAAUGAAUAAAACACCUUAGAAACUU